GAUUUCCACUCAUCUUCCUGAUUCAAGAAAAAAAGAAGGAAAAGAAGAACAGACAGAAACUUCCCUUUGGAAAACCAGGCUUUAGCCAGGGCCUGAAGAGCACACGCUAGACCUGGAGACCCUCCCAAAGCCUAAAGGGGUCUACCGAUUUGAAAGUGGUGGGCGUGAGUACGGAAACUGCUUCGAUCAAGCCUGGACACCAACCAGCUCUGAAGCCUGUAAGCCCAGGUGUUGACAGCUGCGAGAAGCUAUUGAAGCUGGGCAGAGAGCAUCCUUCUCUGGAUUGAGAACCUCCUAUCAAACUCCUGAGCUGAGUCUGAACUCCCUCUGGUUUAAGCAAUGGAACACCCUCAACCAGGACAGCCAUCCUCUGAUGAGAGGACUCCAGAAGCAGAUACCUUCGAGAAUAACCAAGUCCUUUCAAAGUCAGAGUUGGAUCCCAAGGGCAAAGAUGUUCAAGAUACUAAGGGUGCAGUUGGAGGGGAGGAUCCAGAGAAGCAAGUCUCAUUGCUUGGCGAGGAGAAGGGUAACAUGGAAUCACCACCUCCAGAUGAUAGUCCACCACAACCAGAACCAGCCCUAGAAACCCAGGCUUCAGCAGAGGAAGUGAAAGUGGAGCUCAACCCUCAGGAGCUCCCUCAGUCUCCUUCAAGCCACCCUCAGGAGCCUGACUUUUAUUGUGUGAAGUGGAUCCCCUGGAAGGGGGAACGGACACCCAUUAUCACUCAGAGCACCAAUGGGCCUUGCCCACUGCUUGCCAUCAUGAACAUCCUCUUUCUUCAGUGGAAGGUGAAGCUAGCCCCUCAAAAGGAAAUGAUCACAUCAGAUGAACUAAUGGCACACCUAGGAGACUGCCUACUAUCCAUCAAGCCACAAGAGAAGUCAGAAGCAUUGCAACUAAAUUUUCAGCAGAAUGUGGAUGAUGCAAUGACAGUACUACCCAAACUGGCCACGGGUCUGGAUGUCAACGUGCGAUUCACAGGCGUCUCUGAUUUUGAGUAUACGCCUGAGUGCAGUGUCUUUGACCUACUUGGCAUUCCCCUCUACCAUGGUUGGCUAGUGGAUCCACAGAGCCCUGAGGCUGUGAGUGCAGUUGGCAAACUGAGUUACAAUCAAUUGGUAGAGAAGAUUAUCACCUGUAAGCAUUCAAAUGAUACCAACUUGGUGACAGAAGGCCUAAUUGCCGAGCAGUUCCUGGAAGUGACAGCAGCGCAGUUGACAUACCAUGGACUAUGUGAGCUAACAGCUGCUGCCAAGGAAGGAGAACUCAGUGUUUUUUUCCGAAACAACCAUUUUAGCACUAUGAUCAAGCAUAAGAGUCAUCUCUACCUCCUGGUCACUGAUCAGGGCUUUCUGCAGGAGGAACAGGUGGUCUGGGAGAGCCUACACAAUGUGGAUGGAGACAGCUGCUUCUGUGAUUCCGACUUCCGCCUAAGCCACUCCCUGGGCAAGGAGGCUGCUGCAGGGAGUGGGGCUCAGUCUCAGGAGACACAACGACAAGUGGAUCAGGACUAUAUGAUUGCCCUGUCCCUACAGCAACAACAGCAACAAGGCACCUUGGGUCUCAGUGAUCUGGAACUGGCCAGGCAGCUGCAGCAGGAGGAAUACCAGCAACAGCAGGUGCAGCCUAUGCCACCCCGUGCUCCAUCACCUCAGGAGAGAGGGGCUGCAUCUGGACGUCCAGCUGGAGAACGACGGCAGCGGUCAAAACAGGAGUCAGACUGUGUCCUUCUAUAGCCUCAUCCCAAGCCAAGCUACUGUGCCUAGUCUGAUGUGCCCCACUCUUCUGAGAGGCUUCUCAUGGCUACUCCAUUUGCCUGCCUGCUUGCCUCAAUCCUUCUGGGUUUUCUUAGUAGUGGGGUACUAGAGAGCAGGUAGCAGCAACUGCCAUGGCAAGAGCUGAUCAAGUCCAUGGGGCUAGUCUCAGUGUUGUCCAAGGGUUGUGCCUCCCAUAUUGUACACCCACCUGCUGCUGUCCCCUGAUUUUCCUCUCCAUUAUACAGGGAAGCAUCAAGAUGGUGGGGAGUAGGGUUCAUUCUGCCCCAUCUUUUGCUCCUUAAUACAGAGACACUAAUGAACAGACUCAGGCUCCUGGGUGAGAUUUCUUAGCCUAGAGUGUCCCUUUCUCCCCACCUCCAGUUGGCUGGACUUCUCUUGGCUGUCCCCAGGGUAUGCUUCUCAUUUUGGUUUUAGGGUUUUGUUUGGAUUUCUACCUGGCAUUUGUAAUGCCUUCUUAGAAGUUUGAAAAUAAAACUUCUUUCCUGAG